GUUACGAGGCCUUCGAUUACGUCCCCUUAGACACAAUUCUGUUUCCGCGUUCAUCGAAGCAAACAAAUCGAUGAAAAGGCGUUUAUUUUAAACCAAACGUGUUGUAAACAUGUUCUUUGAGUAAGACAAUAUCUUGAACGGGAUGAACAACUGAAGAUGCUUUUUCAACUGUUAUACAUAUUUAUUUCAGCACGUAUCUUUCUGACUGUCAUUUCGGCUUCCAUACAGUGGAAUCCCCAUAUUCACUGGACGGCACUUCCAAAUGGCACAGCCUACAUUUCCAUCGAACCCUUGUUUCCUGGUGCGGCACGAUACAAUGUUUGCAUGAGGCAUGUUAUAUCUUGCUACGGAAGCGUUUCAGAAUUUGAAAAACAUGACAACAGUAUUGUAUUUGUGGUCAACAAGCUUAUUGUCCAAUUGUCCUAUGAUAUAUGGGUGAUGCCACUGGACAUAUAUGGCGAUGAUUUACUUGAUAAAUACAGGUUCCAUACACAUGUGACCAUUUCACCUCCAGUGCUAGCAGAGCUAGAGGCUCUUUCAGAGCUAGCAACUGAAACUGAAGCCACUCCUACUUCUGGAGCCACAGAUAAACCAAACAUCUUUAAUUCCCAUGUUACCAUAGCAGUGGCAACUCUUCUGUCAGUGGUGGUUCUUGGUGUGCUUAUCACAGUUGCUUUUAAGAAAGGUUAUAUUCAAAAGGUGAACGUUAGAUUUCCUCGGGUUUGCUGCUACAGACACCAAACUGUAGACAUUCUCCUUUUGUAUAUACAUAAAGAAAACAGCCCCUUCACCUCACUAGUGAAGGCCCACUCUGAUCAUCUGAACAGUUACGUUUCCUGCAACUUCGUCGACACCAAAGACAUUCGUCAAAAUCCCAAUCCUAGCGAAUGGCUAGCAUCUCAGAUGAAAAACUGUCACGUGCUAGUCUACGUGUCACCGUUGAUGCGGCGGUAUUUAUUAAACGAGGAGCCUUUUAGCAACAAUGCCUACCACACCACAGUCGUUGAAACUGUUAAAAAUCUGACAUCACCCGAUAUGCUCAAGGGGCGCACGAGAAAGGCGUUUAUUUUGCCAGGCUGCUUCGACGGGGAUGCGGAAGCAGCCAGGAAACUUGCAAAGAGGUUCAAACUGCCCUGUCAUCUGGUGGUGCAGCAGAAGAAACCAGGACCGGACCAUGAAGUUGAACUGAACUCGUCUUGUGAACUCCUACACCAGAUUCUAGGCACCAGAAUGUGCCCUUGCUUGACCUGUUUCGCGUGCGUGGACUCGACCGCCACAACCGAGGCGCUGCUGGACGCGGUGCAGGAGUUGUCACUAGAUGAAACUUUGGUGAGGGAAAACCAACAGUCUGGUGAACUGCCAGUACAUCUUGCUAACCCCGAGCAGGUACCGUUCCUAGAUGCUUCUAUGUCUGGUUUGGGUUUUUUCAGCAGUCCUGACUCGCCCUACGUCAGCAUUGGAGUGGAUGAACCGAACGAGGCGAACUUCCCGUACGAGGACGACAAAGAUAAAGACUCUGUUAGCUUCAUCCAGCCAGAGGACAUCCGUUUUAGUUUAGGUAGUCAGCUGAGUUUGGAGAAUGUCGAGGAGAAUUUGGGCAGAUUGAACAGAAAAAACGACUGGUAGUAAAGAGACUUUGAAGGAGUGGACGUGCUGUCAAUAUUCUAUUAUCAAAUUUCGAAAGCUUUAUUUUCGAAGUUUUUAUAUUUUCUUUACUUGAAUGAACGAAGUCAUUAAGUUAAAGUGGUUCAGACGAUGUUGAUCAAGCUUUAUGCCUCGAAAAAAUGACUUUUAUUUUUUCAGGCAUUCUUGUUGAUCUGUGUUCAGAUGUUAUUGUGAUGCAUGAUGCAUAAUACAAACUGUCUCCCGCGUGUUAAAAAAGUAUCUGAUAAACGGAGUUAUCGAGACUAUUGCCCGACUGUAAGGUUUCGUGCAGAGAAAGAAUCGACCCGAUGUCAACAAUGCCAUUAUACUAUAACAUGGAUGCAAUAUGUUCGGUGAUUCCCACUUGCUUACACUGCUGUACAAAGGACAGAGGUUAUCGGGUUGACUGGCCCUGACCAACAUUGGAUGUGGAUAUGGCGCCUGAGCUGUUUAUUGGUGAUUUGUACACGUCAUAACCACAUUCAGUGACUGAGUCAAGAUGAACAGUCGGGUGGUCCAUGAUUUGAAAUCCACCCAGAUUUGAAUGUUAUCACCCCUCAAGAAAAAAAAAGCAAUAUGUACAGUUAUGUGUAAUAUUUGGGAUGUGAUAUCUCGGAUCUGAGAUCGAAAAUGCUUGGACAUGUUCUUGUUGCUGUAAUCAAAGUCGGCGAAGACGCUUUGAAGGGAUAGGAAGCUAUGAAAAUUAUAUAUAUAUUAAAAAGCUGGUACUCCUAUAUAUAUAUAUCUUUAAAAAAAAGUACGCCAACUUUUUGAAAUGUCGUUAAUGUACAUGUAUUAAGCAAGGGACAAGAACAUAAUUCUAUUUUUCUCGAAGUUGGAUCAAAUUUCUCUUACAAUCAUAUUAAGGUGUGACAGCCAUAUUAUAAUUUGUGUCAAAAUAAACCAGUUUCAACACGAUCAAACUGAGUUAGCGAAUCAAAAACGCACAUGUGAACAAGCAGAAGAAAUGAAGCUUAAGAGAUUAACCUAUAAAUUUAUGCUGGAUAGUUGGUGGUUGGGAGAAUUACAUGAAGUAUGGGUGUGACUGACACUGUUAAUGCUAAUUCUGGUGGCGUAUAAUUUCUGCAAGGAUCAGAUGAAUAAAAUAUUGUCAUUGUCAGCGACCCCUGUACAGAGUUAUUUUCCUUCUGUCAAACAUUUGUUUAUCAAUAUUAAUCUCCGACUUUCUACCAUGAUGUACAUAUAUGCUGGUCACUAUUUUCAUAUCAAAUGUUAUCAUUUUCACACUAUUGUAUUUAGCCUAAUUAAUAAAAAAGAAUUUGGAACAAGAGUAAGGUGAACAUGUUGCAUGUGAAAGUGUCUUGGAAUUUUGGUCGUUUUUAUUGACAAGAUUUUUAAUUAAGUAUUUUAUACUUGACGAGUGUAAGUGAUGCAUUUUUUCAAUGAUUUUUAUAUUAAAUUUUUAAAUACAUGACUAAUUUUUAUUUAGGGUUGCAGAAACUAACCCAAAAUGUAACAGUUCAGUUAGAUCAUGGACGUAUAGUUCUGGACUGCAGGCGGUCUGCUAAGACUAAUACUUAGCUUCCCGCGAAGUUGUAGCUUGUCAGGUCUUUGGUAGCCAACAUUUGUGAUUGUUAUCAUGUGACAUAUUGUCUUAUUAUCAUCCAUGUUUUGUUCGUGUUCUUUAUUUAAUAAUCGUUCUCAAAUGGUGCCGAAUAAUAUACACGAUAAGAGGCCUGGUUUUUCGUUAUUCUUUUGUUCUGUGCUUUUUUGUUUUUAAUCACCGAAACAGAUUCCUUCAAAGAUAUUGAGCUGUUAAACUUUUUUCUUUCUCUUCUUAAACUUGAAAGAAGGUUGUUGCUUUCUUACAGAGAUGUACGUCCGUGGUUAGAUGAUUCUAUUAGCUAUCCUGUGGAUAUUAUUGCACAGCAGCUGUUUUAGUCUUUGAGAAUGAGAUCUUUAUGUGUUCCCUCCUCUUAUAUUUUGAUUACUUUUAUUCACUAACAUUUAAUUAACAUAAUUGUAAAAAGACGAAAAUUGCGUUGUGAGCAUUGACAAUCAUGUGGUAACCAAAAGUGAAAAAUAAUAAUUACCUCAUGAAGAAUUCUUCUUAAUUUCUUGUUUUCUGUUAAAUGUCUCAACAGUAAACCAAAUCUCUGGCACAAAAGAUGACACAGGUCAUGAACAAAAGUUAUGUCAUGAACAAAAGUUUUGUGUCAUUUUGUUGUUGCUAUCUUAUAUAAAGCUGUUGAAUAAAUAAAUGUUACAUGAAUCUAAUGUUGAUUCUUACUA